UUUUUUUUCGCGGACAUUUUCGUCCUCAAGGAAUGGAAAAUACAUUUAAGUCCCUCACCCCCGAAAAACGUGGACAUUUCAAUCCUUCCGUUGGAUUCAGGCGUUUGGACGGGACGGAAAAGUUUGACCUGGCAGAGAUGGUGCUAACCUGGCCGUUACGGAGGCCAUGUAACAGGGAGCAUUUCGAAACAGGACAUAUAAGUCCCUGGAGACAAAAACGACGCCGUUUUGUUACUGACCUCCAUUUCUUCUCCCUCGUCUACCUCGAUAUUUUGGUAUUGGCCUUGUCCAACCCAUUAUUGCAGCUUCGUCUCGAGCUUCCUCCGAUGAUGAAGCAGAAGAAGAAGAAGAAAUCAUUAAAGACGACGCAAGAAACCCCGGCCCCUGCCCCGCCAGAAUAAUCGACUGCUCUGCCGUCGCCGCUAUUUCUCCUGCUCCGCCAUCGCAGAAACCUCAACUUCCACUUCACGUUCCGCCUCAGAUUCCUCCUCUCUCUUCUGACGACGAGGAGCUCGUACAGCAGGUGGUGUCCGACGAUAGGGUUUGUUCAGAUUUCAGUGGGUGUUGUGGGUCCAUUGUUGCUCGAUGGGGUAGAGCACACGGUGCCAAUGGCCACCACCAAGGGCUGUUUGGUUGCAAGCACAAACAGGGGUUCCUUGAAGACCCAAUCAACUUCGAUUCCCUCACUGUCGUUUUCGACAAACGCCAUGGAAGGAAGAAUUUCCUUUCUUCAUUUACUCCCCCACAACACCCAUUUUGUCGAUUCUGUUGCGUUUGUUGUUGUUGCUGUGAUUGUUGCUGAAGCUGUUGCUGAAGCUGUUGCUGCUGCUGCUGUUAUGGUUGCUGUUGCUGUGAUUGCUGAGGGUCUUGGGGGAGAGGAGGGAGAGAAGGGGAAGAGAUAUUGUGAAUUGAAGGAUUGGGAUUUAAAUUAGGGAUUGAGUUUGGGUUUGGACUUUGGGAAGGUUGGGAUUAAGGGUCCAUGGUAGAGGGUUUAGGUGAGGACGUUGAGGCGUUUGGAGUUUCAGCCAUUUGUAGAAGAAUUGCUUAGUGGAAUUGGAGAGCAGAGAGUGAGUCUAUGAUUUCUAUGGCGAUGCGGACAUGGCCAAAUUGGGCGGAGAGGUUGAGUGAAUCGCAAGAGGAAGAAGAAGAAGGACGGAGGAGGUCGCUGGCGUUGAUGGUGGCUGACGGAGGCGCGGCUGUGCGGCAGUGAUGGAGGAAGGGGCUGAGGAAGAAGAAUGGAAGGAAAAAGGACGAAGGUAGAAGAAAAUGGCAGAUGGGGGAGGAGACGGAACGGCGUCGUUUUCGUCUCCAGGGACUUAUACGUCCUGUUACGAAAUGCUCCGUCUCCAGGGACUUAUACGUCCUGUUACGAAAUGCUACAUGCGACCUGGCCUCCGUAACGUGCCACCUCAGCGCCACCUCUGCCAGCUCAGCCUUUUUCGUUCAGUGCAAACGGCUGAAUUCAACGGAAGGACAUAAAUGUCCACAUUUUUCAAAGGUCAAGGGCUUUAAUGUAUUUUCAAUUGCUUGAGGACGAAAAUGUCCGCAAAAAAAAAGGUCAAGGACGAAAAUGUCCUUUAC